CAAAUCUGACAGUUUGCGUGAGUUUGCCGUUCAGUUUGGUCGCGUGCUUCCAAAAUGUUCAAGAAUCCGCCUCCACUGAGCCGCGUUCCGGGCGAUCCUUCGCGGAGCCGCGACUCUGAGAAGCAGGGCUACAUCCGGGACAUCAGCAAGCUGAGCAAAACCGAACUACUGGACUUGAAGUUGCGCCAGGAGCUGCUGCUGAACAACAGGGGCAGGGUUGCGAAACUUCCGGACAAGGGCGCGAAAAUUCGGUUGUUUUAUGAGCAGAUUGUGAAGCAGUUGGAGGCGCACAGCAAUGUGGACCGGGCGGCGGAACUGUUUUCCGAGUUGAAUAUCGCCUCGGUGGGGAAGAGGUCGCUCACCAAGUUGGAGUGGAGUGGUCAAUUGGGUGGGGGACGGGAGGAUGACGGGGUGGACAGUGACGAUGAGGAGGAGACGGAUCCGUUGAAGAUUUUGGCGCAGAGUACACACACGGAAAAGGUGGUGUUGGUGGCCAAGCCGGAACCUUCGCUGAUUACGGAGCAGGAUUUGAAGGACAUUGAAGAGUUGAAGCAGGAGCAACAGGUGGAAUGUGCCCCGGCGGAACUCAUCGAGGUUGACGUGGCAAAGAGCGUCGGAAAGCUGAGUAGUAUUCUGGAGAAGCGCCAGCAGGCUGUGGCCAACGAGUUGUACGACGGUCACGCGAUCUACAUCUGUAACAAGGAACGCAGCACCGCCCAGAAAUCGAAAUACCUCCCGUUCCGAACGACCAAAACGGACGUCCACCAGCCGGAUAAGGAGAAAACCCGCCACGAGAAGCACCUCAAGUCCUGGGAAAACACGGCGGCCACUCCGCCCUCACUCAAGCACUCCCCCACGAAGCUGUUAACGCUGGAGGAAGGCGUCAUGCUGCAGGCUGAGAAGAACAAACUGCUCGAGGACACCCGCCGGCUGUACGCCGAAGAUCGGCUCAAGCAGCACGAGGAAAUCCGCCGGAAGGUUCUCGAGACGGUGCAGAACGAUGUAAUGCCGGGUUCGAGCGGUUUCACCACCUAUCGGGAUGCUUCCUCUGGAGAGGAGGACGGAGGCGAUGAGAGUGACGCGGACGGGAGCAGCGACGAGGGGUUCGAGGUUGAGGUGCAGGAGGAUUAGAGCGAAUGUAAGUUAUUAUUAUUUUGUUUCCAUUUUAUUAUGUUUCAUUUCAACAAUAUACUCUGUGAUUAAAUGAUGUAAUCAA